CAAUCAGAAGAAGCAAAAUUACUGCAGCAAGUGAUUGUUUGUGAAUAAGAGUCGAUUCUUGGGAAAUGAUUUCUCCUUGUGUUUUGGAGGUGCAAUACAUCACUUGCCAGUCCACUAUUGGCAAAGGUGUCAUGUUCAUGAUUGCUCCGUUACCUUCUCAGGCUUGGAGUACAAGCCAUAAAUGCAAACUCCUGAUAUGUGCAUUUUUCACAAUGCAGUGUCCUAAAUAAUUAUAAAUUAGCUUAGAGAACUUCUACCCACAAAAAGGGAUGGAUGGAUGGAUGGAUGGAUGCUGUAUGUUGUCUAAUUAACAUACCUAUAUACAUAAGAGUCUUAUAAAAUGUUACGUUUAUACACAAUGUGUAUAACUCAUAAAGAUUUCAGACAAUAUGCACAGUGUGGAAUUAACAGCUACAGUGUUUUGUUUACACCCACAGAAGACAUAUAAACCAAAUAAAUACUGUACAGGCUGUAGUUAUUCAUUCUUUUUGUUUUACUUCCGGAUAAGUUAUGGUUAUCAUUUAGGCUGUAGUUUAUUUUGUCGUGUAUUUCAAGCAAAGGAAGAAUGGGAAGAUGGGUGGCGGCCAGGGUCUUCUUUUACUAGCACUAUUAGAAGAGUGCUCUCGGGUUCUCCCUCCCUCCUUCCCUCUCAAUCUUUAUGCUGCGCUCUCAGCUCUCCGCGCUCACAGCGUCUCCACAUCGCACUGAAAGCAAAGUGUGCGCUCCACGCCGUGCCCAUGCCGCCUCAUCCUGCCUUUACGCACGGAACAAGACUUUAGAAGCGGUGAUACCUGAGCGUUUUUAGGAUACAGAAGCAACGUGUGACUUUUUUUCCCCUCGAUUUAAAGGCGCUUCGGGCUGUCUGAGAUGGUGAAGGAAGUCUUUUCUAAACUACAAACGGCUAGAGAUAGAUAGGCCUGGGGAAGGCUGAGAAACUUUUGAAGAGACCUGAAUAAGCAAACAUCAGCACAAAAAAAGUUAAGAGGGAGAAGGAAAAGCGCUGUUUGGGCCCUGCCCAGGCGGGUUCAUUAACAUUAACAGCAAAGCCAAUAGGUCGUUUGGUUGUUUUUUUUCUUUUUCUUAAGGGGGUCCCUCACCAACCAGCAAGAUUUCGUCCAAAAGCAGACAGGAGGAGCGUCCCGCGCUGACGAGACUAGUCGGCAGGAAGCGGUUGAUCGCGGCCGGGGUGCUCGGAGUGGUCAUGGUGCUCGUGCUGGUCGUGCUCAUCCCGGUGCUGGUGAACUCGGCCGGCACUUCGGCACAUUACGAGAUGCUCGGCACGUGCAGGAUGGUGUGCGAUCCGUACGGCACCAAAUCCCCGAGCAGCACGGCCACGGCAGACACGGCGGCGCGCGACACCGGCCUCGUGCAAUCACUGCCCACCUUCAUCCAAGGGCCGAAAGGAGAGCCGGGACGGCCCGGGAAGACGGGACCGCGGGGACCGCCUGGAGAGCCAGGUCCUCCAGGACCCGCAGGCCCGCCUGGAGAGCGGGGAGAGCCGGGACGGCCAGGCUUACCAGGACCCCCGGGGCCAAACGGCGCUGGCGCUAUCAGUGCCGCCACCUACAGCACCGUGCCAAAAAUCGCCUUCUACGCGGGCCUUAAGAAGCAGCAUGAGGGUUACGAGUUACUUAAGUUCGACGACGUGGUCACUAAUCUGGGGAAUCACUAUGACCCGACCACAGGAAAGUUUACCUGCUCCAUACCGGGGAUCUAUUUCUUUACUUACCAUGUGCUGAUGCGGGGUGGAGACGGAACCAGCAUGUGGGCAGACCUCUGCAAAAACAACCAGGUGCGCGCAAGCGCCAUUGCGCAGGACGCAGACCAGAAUUACGACUACGCCAGUAACAGCGCGGUGCUGCACCUGGAGCCCGGGGAUGAAGUAUACAUCAAACUGGAUGGUGGCAAAGCACACGGAGGCAACAACAACAAAUACAGCACCUUCUCUGGCUUUAUCAUCUACGCCGAUUAG